GCGGUUGUGGUUCUGGUCCAAUUCCAAGCUCCGAAAAGAUGAGCGCUUUGCUCUCCUUUUUAAACUCAAACUCUCUAUAUGAACAUCACUAUCUGCUCUCUCUCUCUCUGCUAUGCUCUGCUCUCAUCAAUGGAGUUCAGCCUUGAAGAUCCGUACCCAGACUUUCCAACGGAAGACCUCUUCGCCAUGGAGAAUAACUACAGAACCUCCAUGUGGGCUCCCCUCUCUUUCGCCCGUCGCCGAUCUCUCAUCCUUCUCAUCCUCCGGGUCCGGCGAUCCCGCAAUCUCCAUCGAAGAACGACCUAUCUCGCCAUCAACUACGUCGACCGCUUAAUCCACAGCCGGCAUUUUCCCGAAGUCGACCACAUCUCGCUCGUCGCCAUCACCUGCCUCUCCCUCGCUUCUCAGUACUCAGACUCGGCUGGUUCUUUCACCGUCAGGGGUCUCGAGGAGGAGGACGGGUUCGUAGACUUGGGCCCCGAUGCUCGUUACAGAGCGGACCUGCAGGUGAGAGCCGCGUUGAACGGGGAACUGAACUCGAUCACUCCCUUCGCUUUCCUCGACUUCUUCAUCCUCGAACACCUGUUCCCUGUCAUCAACGGUCACAAUCUGGAAAUCCCCAAGUUUCGCGCCUCCACUAUCCUCUUUCAUAUCCAGAUCGCGGGUGAGAAUAUGCUGAGGUACAAGCCGUCGGUGAUAGCGGCGUCCGCUCUCCUCUGUGCUGUCAACGAGAUGUUCCCGCCACCGCAAUUUGAGGAGUUCACGCUAGCCGUACGCUUCUCAGAAUUUAUGGAUGAGGACAUGUUGGAGUUAUGCUUUGUUGCAAUGUGGGAAACAAUACAUGAUGACGAGGAGUGACGGCAGCACAGCUAACAAGAGGCGGGGAUUUGAUGGCGUGCAGUGUAAAUAAUUCAAAGAUGAAAAAAAAUGUUAAAAAGAAAAUUACUACGAAAUUAGCAUAUCUCAAUGUGUGGUAGAGUUGAGAAGAAAUGUACACUGCCGUUCAUAUGUACAGAUACUUGCAUUUGACUCUUCAGUGAACUGUACAAAACAGAAAAAGAAAAUAUUCAAG